GAGACAAACCGCUGCCGCUUCCACCCGCGUAACGUGAGCGUCGGGCCAGCGCCCCCCGCGUGGAGGGCGAAUGCCCCGAUCUGUUGAUGGCGCGGGCCCAAGAACCCAGCAACUGGACAGCUGGGCCAGGGAUGUAAACGGGUAACCAGUUACCUGGUAAGCACCACCCUUACUGGGUGCAGGUAACUGGUUAACCAGCGCCCCGCGCACGCCGGUAACUGGUUAACUGGCACACGCGGUGCUUGGUAGAAGAGAAGAAUGGAUACAGAGUACCUCAAGAAAUGCAUAGGAAACUGCUUAGCUGAGGGACUUGCAGAGGUGGCAGAGCAUCGACCAGUAGACCCAAUUAAUUAUCUGGCAUACUGGCUUUACAAAUAUAAGAAAAAAUUAAAUAAAGAAGAAGAGAGGAAGGUAGAGAGAGAACAUCUGAUACAUGAACAUGCAACGGCUCUGCUACAACUGGAAAUGGUAAAGAAACUGAAAGCAGAAGAGCUCCUGAUCAAGCAGAAAACUGAAACACAUUAUCAGAAGAUAAUGAUCGAACCGUAUCCAAGAAACAAGAUAACAGAGCUUACCAACAAGUCUGGAGCCCCCCUUUUGACAACCGUUGUAGAGGAUGAUGAGACUAUUAUUUAGAAAGAACACCAAGGAGAAGGUUGUGGACACUUUGGCAAGUGGUGAAGCUGUUGAAACAAACCAAGAACCAUCAAGAGAUAAAACUGAGGGGCAAGAUGACUCAAUACAUGAGUGAGAGUGAGCUGAGUGAAUCACUACGGGUAUGUCUACACUGCAUUCCUCUUUUGAGAGAGGACUGCAAAUGCAGCUGAGCGA